UGUCUCACGUGCGAGGCGUCGCAGGGAAGAGAUUCAAACAGUGUGUACAAGAAAUUCGAAUGUUCACGGCUAAAUUAUCAUCAACCGAAGCUGCAAGAAGCAUCGAAAAAGUCUGCGUACCGUCCGCUUCCCCGAUGAGCGUAUCAGUAAUCCCUCGAGUACUUUUUCCAAGCGAAAACGCAUCGUUCGAAGAGCCGUGACAGUGGUCCGCCAUAUUGAAGCGCGCACACAGUCGAAGGAUCAAGCGUGCGUGAGAGGCAAAUAAAGUCAGAUGCCUGUACCGCAAGGUAUCCUGUCUCCUACUUGCAAGAGGUGAGAAAACGUGCGGACUACCGCGCACUCUCGUUCGUCGAGUACACGUGAGUACGGCGUUUGUUUUGUUCGACGUGCGGUACGCGGGACGCUUGUCUGGCUGUACUAUCGAUUUCGGCGAGGAGGACACGGAAUGCCGGUAUGGUUUCAAAAAUAAAACGGAGCAUCCCGAUAGAAUUGAUCACCUCGUUGAAAAAUUUUCAAGGGUAACAGGCGAUACCUCCCGCGUCCGUGUGGGUGUACGCGUGCUGCGUGCGACAGAGAACACACAGAAGGUGAGGUCAUAUACCCAUCGCUACAGGUGGUUCCUCCUCCAUUCACGCCGUGCAACGGGCACCGCCGCAACGGAGCCCACCUUUCCCCAGGGAACCCCGGUUUAUUUCCUUGGCGCACACCACGAUGAUCGAUCGAACGCUCCUCGGCAAAUGUGCGACGCUGGUCGUUCUAGUUUUCGCGGUCACUGCCAUUCCUGCCAAUUACUCGGACAUUGAUCUGCCAGAUGAUCACAUGAAGUACUACUUCAACUCUUUUCCCACGGUCGCCGAAGAGUGCCGCAAUAACACCGCUUGCCCGUACAAGGACAGCCUUGACACCGAAGCUUGCUGGGGUUACGAGCCGAACUGCAAAGCGGAAAAUGCGUUCUCGAUCGCCGAGUGCCCGGGCGACCACAAAGGAUGGGUGACCACGAAGAAAGCGCAAUUAGACACGUUCUACGCUCAAGGGGAUUUCGGUUACGUGCGCGAUCAGCGGAAAGAAAUGUCGAUCUUUUGCGAGCCGCUGUUUUUGGAAGACUCGUCCUUGGAAUGCUCGGAGCACAUGAGAUUUUGUAGAGCGCGGAAUGUGAUGAUAAAUUUCACGGACCUGUUCCGAAGGAAGGAACCGAUACGCUACAAAAUGGACGUGUUGAAAGAAGGCCAGAUCGGCGGAUACUGCAAAUUGAACGAGAAAAGACUGCAAAAGAACGCGGACCAUAUCAGUCCGUUGCAGUCGUGGGGGCCCGAAUUAAGGAACUUCCGGAAGUUGCCUAGACCGCCGAUUGGCAACGGCGACUGUGAUAUAGUGAUCGAGAAGCCGACGUACAUAAUGAAGAUAGACGCCAUAGUAAACAUGUACCAUCAUUUUUGCGACUUUUUCAAUUUGUACGCGUCAUUGCACGUAAACCUCUCGCACCCCGCCGCCUUCAGCACUGAUAAUCACGUAAUGAUCUGGGAAAGCUACAGUUACCGCUCCGCGUUCCAGGACACCUUUGAGGCUUUCACGAGAAAUCCGCUGUGGGAUUUAAAAACGUUCCGCGGGGAGACCGUCUGCUUCAAGAACCUCGUGUUCCCGUUACUGCCGCGCAUGAUCUUUGGUCUCUACUACAACACACCUCUAAUUUACGGCUGUGAGAAGAGCGGGCUGUUCAAGGCGUUCGGCGACCACGUGUUGCACAGGCUGAGAAUACCUCUUCAGGAAAGGAAGAACCAAAGGAUACGAGUGACUCUGCUCAGCAGAGACACGCAAUACAGAAGGAUUUUAAAUGAGGACGAACUAGUGAAAGCGUUGAAGGAGAAUCCGGAGUAUAAAGUUAGAAAGGUAGUGUACAAUAAAAAGGUUCCCUUCAAGAAGCAACUAGAGAUUACGAGGAAUUCCGAUAUCUUUAUAGGAAUUCAUGGAGCUGGACUGACGCAUUUGAUGUUUCUACCAGACUGGGCGGCUGUCUUUGAAAUAUACAACUGCGAGGAUCCAGGUUGUUACAAGGAUCUCGCACGAUUACGGGGAGUGAGGUACUUCACGUGGGAGAAUGCAUCGAAAUUGGUGCAGCAGGAUCCCGGUACGCAUCCCGAUGGCGGAGCUCACGCGAAAUUCACGAAUUACAGUUUCGACGUCGACGAAUUCCUUCGUAUGGUUGCUCAAGCUGGGGAUCACGUGAAGAAUCACAAGGGCUUCAAGAAUUUUGUAAGCAAAGGGGCGCGAAGUAAGAGGUCCGACGUGAAAAACGAAACUAGUGCGAGUAACGUUAAGAAGAUCGAAACGCCCGAGUCGGAAGAUCAAGCCGAACUGAAGCCCGUAGUUCAAUCCAAAGAUGAAUUAUAAAUGAAUUUCUAGGCAAUGAAUUUCACUAACAACGAACUAUUUUAAUACUUGAUAGGCUAGUGUUACAAUUGAACGAAACAAACGACUUGUUACCAAUCAAGCUCUUUACUUAUUUUUAUACUGAUAUAUGUACAUACACACUUAUUUUGAUUAAAAAAAGAAAAUGGAAUA